CGCGCCCACGCCCCGCCGCCGCAGACUGCGCUGCUCGGCGCGCGCGGUCCGGUGCUCACGCGACGCGGAACGUCCCGCGGUGUUCGGGAAUUUGACGUGGUGCUGGUGGGGAGACGGGCUCACGGCGAGCGUGAUUCUGAGAGGAAGCCGGUGACAGGAAGGGGUUCUCGACGCGGAUUGUGAGGGGAACUCGAACAGCCGCGAUUCAACGAGCCAGUCGCCGCUGCGCAACCGGAGAUGACGGCCGGCGAUGUGAACGCAGACUCGGUGACGCGUUUAGGUGAGGUGAGCCAGGAGGUGAACAACAACGGUGUCGUCAAGCACGAGGAGACUACGCUGCCCACCGCCGGACCGCUCAAGUACAGCCUGCGCGCGCGCUCUAUCAAGAAGCGUAUUGAAGCAGAGCGCCGACAGACCGAACCCCGCUCUAGGCAGCCGCGCCCCAAGGCGCGCCCACCGCCGCUCAGCAAAUACCGCCGCAAGACAGCCAACGCCCGCGAGCGAGACCGCAUGAAGGACAUCAACUCGGCGUUCGAGAUGCUGGAGCGCUCCAUUCCUGACCUGACGUUGCGCUCUCACGCCGAGAAGGUGACAAAGAUCACGGUGCUUCGGCUGGCCAUCGACUACAUCAAGGCGAUGUCUGCGCUGCUGGACUCGGACGGCGCCUGCGCGGCCGACAGCCCGGGCGGCCCGGCCAGCGUCGUCUCGCUCUCGUCGGCCUCGUCGGCGCCGACGGACACCGCCGGCGAGCUGCCAGACCCGCUCGACACCAUCGAAGGCCUCACCGACUUUCAGCUGCCCGGCGGCCUGGACCUGCUGCUCGACAUCCGGAGCGACAGUGACGGACUCGACUUCAGCUGCUCCGACUUCAGCGACCUGUCUUGCCCGUGAGCGCACCCGCCCUCCUCCGGUGCCUGGCCUGACGGGGACCGGUCGCAGAAGGCGGCCCCGUCCGGACCCGGCUCCUCUGACCCCGCCGAUGUUCUGCAGAGCUGCGGCUCGCCCAGGUGGCCACGGAUGAUCCAGGCUCCCCGCAGACGGCCAGGUGGCAGAGCAGCGUCACCGGCCGCAUUUCGCGACCGCAGCGCCGCCACCGCUAGAUUAAGGAUAGUAUAGCAUAUCAUGUCAAUCUAGUCCAUAACUGUAAGCAAUUUAUCUCCGUCCGAGCUGGUGCCGAUUACUUGCGGGACGCGGCAGACUGCGUGUGCAACGCCAAGCAAUUAUUGGGCUGCGCUCGUGCUUGGAGCACAAUGGCGCUCGGCGGAGCACCAGUGCUGCACGUGAGGCUACGCACGCACGCGCCGGUCGUGAAAAAUGUCCACAGAUGCAGCGCCUGCAUUGUGUAUCUGAACAUUGUUCAAAUGUGUUUACCUCAAUAUCAAGUGGUUUAAAUUACAACCUGUUUUAAUGGCUUGCAGUGUCAGACCAGGAGCAUCUGUUACUCACGAGCCCACCCUCAUACGUCAAAACCUGUGGAAGGUGGCAAACGCCGUCUGCACUGGAAGGGCCACGCGCUCGGUGAAGAUACGCUUUAGUGAAAAGUGAUACAGAAGUAAAGUCAUAGUCGCUACAGCCUGACAUUUAUAACAUGCAGUGGGUAGGUAUGUCAUGUGCAGUAGAUUGACUAGUUUUGCAAUGCAUUCAAUGGAAAGUAUUUGACGUUUUCUGUCACUUUGCUGACUUCUCAGUCAGCCUACGAUUGUCCGCAGUGUCUCAGCUUUGGACAGUCUUGAUAUUACGGCUGCGCUGAGUUAGGCGCAGCAUUUGAUUUGCAUGAGCUCAUGAAUGCAUCAGUGUGUUUAACCUACUGCUUCUUAAUAUUUUCAUUUCAACGUACUGGUGUCCCCUGGUGGAUUGCCUUGUUUCAUGGAACAAAACAGAGUACAACUCCAUGACGAUGAGGUGUGUCAUAAGCACAACAGUAUGCUGGGACUGAAUAAAACAGCAACU